UUUACUUAAACUUUAACAAAAAAACUUGAAAUAAGCCCAGAAACUCGGGUAAAAACACAUCCAAAAUGACGAUCAAGCAUAAUAAUAUGCUGCCAAAUCAGCAUUUCAGAAAACACUGGCAGAAACGAGUCCGUACAUGGUUUAAUCAGCCUGGACGUAAGCUUCGUAGAAGAAAAGCCCGACAAGAAAAGGCUGCAAGACUAGCACCAAGGCCCGUAGGGAUGCUACGACCUACAGUCUUUGCUCCUACAGUGAAAUAUAACUAUAAACUUCGUCUUGGCCGAGGGUUUACCUUUGAAGAAUUAAAGACAGCAGGUAUAUCAAGGAGAGAAGCGCCUACAAUUGGUAUUUCGGUAGAUCACCGCCGAAGGAACCGUUGUCUUGAAUCACUUGAAAGAAAUGUUAAGCGACUUGUAUUAUAUAAGAAGCAUUUGAUUGUUUUCCCACGAAAAACCAAGAAGACGAAUAAAAGGGAUAAGAUGGAUGUCUGUGAGAGAAAAUAUCCACAAAGAUCAAUUGAAGCAGUAGUUCCAUCAAAAGAAGCUAAAAACCAAGUAGAAUCACGUAUUAUUACAGAAGAAGAAAGAUCAUUUGAAGCCUUUGCUACACUUCGAAAAGUACGUAAGGAAGCCAAGUUAGUAGGUAAAAGUGAAGAGAGUUAGUUAGAAGAGUUGAAAAGUAUCUAAAAUAUCUUUAAUGUAAUGAAUAAAGCCGAG